AUGAUAGACAAAAUGAGAGAUGACCGGUCAGUGGGUUUUGCCCACACCAUUUCUGGGGAUUUUGCAGAUCCCAAACAUAUGUCUGCUGGAGUUGCUGUUACCUUCAGAAAUAAAUUUGGAAGACCUCAGUCAAAUGACUACAUUUCUGACAGAUUGACUAAACAAUGUGAUAAUGGAGCAACAAUCUUCAGUCUGGUGACAAAGGAAGUGUAUUGGGGAAAACCAUCGAGGCUGGAGUAUGACAAUGCAUUUAUACAGCUGACGGAACAAUUCAAAUCAAGUGGACUUAAGACUCUUGUGUGUUCUCCGAUGGGUUGCGUAAGAGACCUAAUCCAACCAGACCAUUUCAUACAAAACCUUGUCGAAUUUCAACGUGCGACUCAGGCCACUAUCAUCGUUGUUUCAUAUUUUCAAAGGUCUACCAGAAUCCUGAGGAAUGGACUCUCGCAUAGGGACUUCUUGAGAGCACUGGAAAAAUCAGUUGAGAAGUGGACUACUACUCCUAAAACAGAGCAGUCAUUGUCAGGUGGUUCUUCUACAAGUCAGCAGCCAACACCGGAAGCUGACACUUCAAGUAACCUCCAUCAACAGCCUUUCUCAACAAGAUCAUCCAGCCCUGUUGGUCAACCACAGUCAACUACACCAGACACCACUAUGAGGCGACCUCAUAAGUGCCCUACAUGUGGAAAAUCCUACAAAACCAGCAGCAAUAUGAAGAGACAUAAAUUGGUUCACUCAGGGGAGCGACCUCAUAAGUGCUCUACAUGUGGAAAAUCCUUCAAAUCUAAGGUUGAUAUGAAGAAACAUACAUUGGUUCACAUUAGUGAGCGACCUCAUAAGUGCACUACAUGUGGAAAAUCCUUCAAAUUCCAAUUAGUUACUAGCUCGCCUGAUGCUAGAAAUCAGAAUAUAAAACAAAAAAUGUUUAAUAUCACUAAAAUGCCUCUCCUUAACUGUCCAAUAUGUAGAAAAAUGUUUUCAAAUCCAAGGAAUAUGAAGUAUCAUAUAUAUUUACACACAGGUGAACGUCCCUUUAGAUGUUUGACAUGUGAGAAAACAUUUAUUAGAAAAUCUCAGGUAAAAAAUCAUUUGUUUACACAUUCUGGGAAGUAUCCUUACAAUUGCACUACUUGUGGAAAAUCCUUCAAAACUAGCAGCGAGAUGAAGAUUCAUACAUUGGUUCACACGACAGAGCGACCUUAUAAGUGCACUACUUGUGGAAAAUCCUUCAAAAGAAAGAAAAAUAUGAAGCAACAUACAUUGGUUCACACAGGAGAGCGACCUUACAAGUGCAUUACUUGUGGAAAAUCCUUCAAAACUAGCAGCGAGAUGAAGAUUCAUACAUUGGUUCACACGACAGAGCGACCUUAUAAGUGCACUACUUGUGGAAAAUCCUUCAAAACCAGCAGAAAUAUGAAGAGACAUACAUUGGUUCACACGGGAGAGCGACCUCAUAAGUGCACUACAUGUGGAAAAUCCUUCCAAACCAGCAGAAUGUGAAUUAGCAAUAAUAUUCACGCCCAUUUUCAGGGUGUAAAAUAUUCAUUUUUUGUCGUCAAAGUGCUUAAAAUAACGACUUUACAAGUAUAAUUUUACAUAAAUUUUCCGAGUACCCCCCAGACCCCUCGGUGAGCUUAGUUAAACAAGGCCUAGCAAUUAUGUAUUGCCCCAGGCCUCGCAUUUUAUAAAGACGGCUCUGAAUGGAAAGUGGGUAAGGGUCUUAUGAUCUUUGAAGCGGGGAGCGCAGGGAGAGGCAGAGUCGGGUAGUAAAUGGUGGUCGAUGGAUUAGGACCCUUGUACACUUCUUCGAUUAUCUGCGCAAUCGGGCGUCAGCCAUGGGAGGGGUUUUUAUGGGGUAAAAAAUAGUUUUUCUCAAUUUUUGACCCUCAAAA